GAGGGACGUGUGGAUGUUGCUCCUGUUGAUUUAACCUCAUAAUGAUAUAUACCUGCAUGCUUUAAAGACGUUAAGAUGACCUCACUGGAGCUAUACAGCAAGGGAGCAAGGGUGUGGGUUCCUGACCCGGAUGCUGUUUGGGUGUCAGCUCUGCUCCUCAAGGACUACAGCCCCGGAGAUAAUAACCUGCUGCUACAGCUCUCUGAUGGGGAGGAGGCCCAUUACCCUUUGGCGUCCCCCUCUGAUCUCCCCCCGCCGGGGAACCCUGACAUCCUGGAGGGGGAGAACGACCUGACGGCUCUCAGCUUCCUCCAUGAAGCUGCUGUCCUGCACAACCUGCGGGUUCGAUUCCUGGACUACAGCAGCAUCUACACGUACUGUGGUAUCGUGUUAGUGGCCAUUAAUCCCUAUGACCAGCUGCCCAUAUAUGGAGAGGAGGUUAUCGAUGCUUACAGCGGGCAGGACAUGGCCGACAUGGAGCCUCACAUCUUUUCUGUGGCCGAGGAAGCCUACCGCACCAUGACCAGGGAGGAGAAAAACCAAUCGAUCAUCAUCAGUGGAGAGUCUGGCUCGGGUAAAACGGUCUCAGCCAAAUUCACCAUGCGAUACUUUGCUGUGGUCGGAGGAGCGGCCCAGCAGACCAGCGUGGAGGAGAGGGUUCUGGCCUCCAACCCAAUCAUGGAGUCUAUUGGGAAUGCUAAAACCACUCGCAAUGACAACAGUAGUCGUUUUGGGAAGUACAUCGAGAUCGGCUUUGGCAGAAAAGGAGACAUCAUCGGGGCGAACAUGAGGACGUAUCUCCUGGAGAAGUCUAGGGUUGUCUUCCAAGCAUCAGCAGAGAGGAACUACCACAUCUUCUACCAGCUGUGUGCCUCCAGAGAGUUGCCUGAAAUGAGAUCCUUUAAACUGGAUGCACCUGAGAAUUUCCGCUACACCAGCCAGGGAGGAGAGACGCAGAUUCCUGGUACUGAUGACCUGUUGGACCUGGAGCGCACUCGCAACGCUUUCACCAUCCUGGGUGUGCAGCCUGACCAGCAGAUGGAGCUCUUCAGGAUCCUGGCAGCUGUUCUGCACCUCGGAAAUGUCAACAUCCAGGCCAGUGGGAGAAAUUCUGACCGGAGUUAUAUUGAUAGGUCGGCGAAGCUUGCCGUUACAGGCAUCCGGGACAGAGGAGGGACUAACCACCUCAACCGGGGUUAUGGACUGGCCCUGACUCUGCGCUACACUAAGGCUGCUCUAGUGAUCCAGAAGACGCACCGCAUGGUGGCCGUCAGGCAGCUGUUCCUCAUGAUCCGACAGGCCACCAUCACCAUCCAGGCCUUUAGCAGAGGAACCAUGGCCCGCCGCAGAUACAGACAGGUGUUGGUGGAGCGUGCUGCUGUGCUGCUCCAGGCGAGGGUGCGUGGGUGGAUGGCGAGGCGGGCGUACAGGCGGGUUCGUGAGACGGUGGUGUUCAUGCAGUGCUGCGCGCGCCGCAGGGCCGCCAGGAGAGAGCUGAUGAAACUGAAGACAGAGGCCCGAUCCGUGGAGAAGUUCAGAGAGCUCAACAAGGGCAUGGAGGUCAAACUGAUGCAGCUGCAGCUCAGAGCCGACCAGGAGGCCAGGGAGGCUGCAGCUUUGAGAGAGACGCUGCACGCCGAGCGAGAGGCCGGCAGCGCUGAGCUGGAGGCUCUGAAAGUGACGGUACAGAAAAUGGAGAGCCAGAAACAAGAGAAACCUCCACCCUGCCCCGUCAUCAGCGAGAAGGAGGUGGAGGAAAGGAGGAGAGCUGAGGAGAAAGCUGCACAGGACAUCCUGCAACUCACACAAGAGUUGCAAGCCCUGCAGAGAGAAAAGGACAGUUUCUGCCAAGAGAAAGAGGAUCUCUCUGCUCGCUUGUUUGAACAAGAACAAGCACAAGAAGAGUGUGUGCAGCAGGCUGUGUCUGAGGCGAGUGCAUCUCUGAGGGCGGAGCUGGAUGAGGAGAGGAGGAAGUACCAGGGUCUCCUGAGAGACUUCACCAGACUGGAGCAGAGAUACGACAACCUGAGGGAGAUGAGUCUGCUCACCGAGGGCACCAAAGUCCACAGAAGGACGGACUCCACUCAGAGUCUGAGUUUAGAGCUCCCCUCUCCCUCCACCGCCCCGCUGUCACCCUUCUCAUCCUUCUCAUCAUCCUUCUCAUCAUGCUUACCCUCCCCAGAGGAGGUCCGCAGGGUCAGCGUGACUUCUCCCACCCUGGAGCGGAGAGAGUCGGUGUGGAGCUUCCAAACACCAAUGGAUCAGCUGAUGGUGAGCAUGGACGUGGCCAAAGACCCGGCUGUGAAGAUGAAAGUAGAGGACCUGGCGCACGCUUACGAUGCUGUACGAGUGGCCAACAAACUCCUGGAGAGCCAGCUGCGCAGUCAGAGCCCGUCAGAGGGAGGAGGAGCUGGAGGCUCUGAGGAGGCCAGAUCAGUGCAGCUUAGCUGUGGCUCUCCUCUGCCAGGGCCACAGGUCUCACUUCUCCCGUCAGCGUUCACAGCAGAGACUUCCUCCUGUCCUUCCCGAUCAAAGCCGGCAGUCACUGGUUUGUUGGAGUGCAGAAAGAAGGAUGAAAACAAGCUCAUUAAAAACCUCAUCACAGACGUCCGAGUGGACAGCGCCCUCUCUCUUCCUCCCGGCCUGCCUGCCAGCGUCCUCUUCCUCUGUGUCCAUCAGGCGGACUGCAGCGGGGAUCAGACGCAGGCCCGCUCCCUCUGCAGCGCCGCUGUCACCGCCAUGAAGGCUGCUCUGAAGAAACACAGCAAAGAUGUAGACAUGACGGCUCUGUGGCUGAAGAACGCCUGCCUGCUGCACGACCUGCUGCGCCAGCACUCCCCGAGACAGACUCUUGACUCGGACGACAUAGCUCCUCUGACCGUUGAUCUGAGUGACUUGAUCCGCGCCCUGAGCGACCUCUGCAUCCAGGCCUAUCAGCAGCUCCUCUCCAUCACUGAAAAGCGCCUGCAGAACAUCAUCGUCCCUGCUAUGCUGGAGAGUGAGACCAUCCCCGGUCUCUCUGGCUCCACGGUGAAGUUGGUAACAUCCAGAAAGCGAGCCGGCUCUGACCCCCGGCCUGUGGGAGGCGAUGCUCCCUCGAUGGCGGCGGUGCUGAGGGAGCUGGGGGCGCUGCACACCGCCCUGUCCCAUCAGGCUCUGCCCCCCUCUCAGAUGGAGCAGGCCUUCCACCAGCUCACCUACUUCAUCUCCGCCUCCGCUCUCAACAGCCUGCUGCUGAGGAAAGACAUGUGCUGCUGGAGCCGCGGCAUGCAGAUACGCUAUAAUGUGAGUCUGCUGGAGGAGUGGCUGCGGAGCAAAGGGCUGCAGGCAGGGGGCGCUGUUGCCACACUGGAGCCCCUCAUCCAGGCGGUUCAGCUGCUGCAGGCCGGGAAAAAGAGCGAGGCGGAUGCAAAGGCCCUCGUUCAGACCUGCACUGCCCUGUCCAGCCAGCAGAUUGUGAAGAUCCUGACCCUCUACACGCCCCACAGUGACCUCGAUGAAAGAGUCACACUGAAUUUCAUCCGUACUGUCCAGGGUCUUCUGAAAGGCUCCUCUGACGGCCAGCCUCCGCAGCUCCUCAUGGAUGUGAGACGAGUGUUUCCUGUCACAUUUCCCUUCUCGCCUCCUGCCGCCCUCCACGCUGAGCAGUUAGUCAUCCCAGACUCCCUGAAGAUCAACUUUCUACGCAGAGCCUAGAACAGCAUGCCCUUGUCAAUUAAAAAUGUGGUAAUUUUGUAUCUAAUUUGAACUUCCAACCUAUUUAAUGUAGUCCUUUGAAAUGUAAAGAACUUCCAGGAGUUGUUGUGAACCUAAUUCCUGAUUUUUGUAUAGUGGUACUUACCUUGUUUAAUUAAUAUGUUAAUUAUCAGUGGAUUAGUGACUGAACUGCAGAAGGUCACAGGUUAAUCAUGUAAAUCUUAGAUAACUAAAACGGUAUGAAGAGGAGUUGUUAAACAAUGUCGUAAAGAUAAGGAUAAAAUUAGACAAUUAUGUAGUCAGGAUUAGCAAAUGUGCAGAUAUAUCUUGGUGCAUUUUGAAAGAAAUAGCAACGACAUUAAGCCUUUUUUCAUAUUUUAUUGGAAGCAGAAACACAACGAGACUGCAGUCCCAGUAACCUCAACCCCCAAUAAGAACAACCAGAAUAAAAAAAACGCAAAAAAUUAGAAACAUCUCGUGUAUAAAAAAAUGCUCAUGCGAGUACUUUGUAUCACUACACAUCAUCAGUAAUACAUAUUUAUAUAUUCACAAACAUUUGAAAAAUAGAAAACAAUAAUAAAAUAUCAAAAUAAAAGGAGACAACGAUUGGCAAUUUAACAUCAAGUAGUUAUGCGCGCUGGCACGAAACAUUUUUUUCUUUUUAGUUUCAUUGGUCCUAUCAUGCACUUUUUCUGGAAGUACAGGACUGUCUGAGCAGCCGCCUGUCUGCGUGGCCGGGUCAGCUAGACAGGACAGAUCAUGCAUGUCUGUCUGCGCUCUGGCUGUGUGCUUUUCUUUGUGCUUCUACAUUUAUACUCGUCUUUAACUUCUGUGUGCAUACAUGCCAAUUCAACACCCCAACACGCAAACUGACCCUCUGAGGGAGGAGACUGAAGUAUCAUUGUCAACAGCAAUAAAUAAAGAUAAUUUUUUCGUGGCAUGAGACGGUUGUGUACCUGUUUUUUUAAAGUUAUUGAAAGACUGUGCAGAGGUCUUUUGUAAACCUUGUACUCACCGGAAAGGGACAACAUGUUUAGAUGACUUAAAUAGGAAGAUGGGUUAUUUUACUUAAAGUUAGAAGCUAGCAGUUUGUUCAUUUGGCUCUUAAUCGAGCCAAUCAAAUGAUUCAAUUGGCUUGUUUUCCAUCGCCAGUCUGUACAUGGUCUUCAUAUAUCUUUCAUUUAUAGCUACAUAUCCAAAUUGGGCACCCACACACACAAAAUCGUCAACUGCACCCAGAGCAAAUAUUCAAGUCUACAAAAGAGCAGCAGACUUCACUUCACAUAGUCUGACGUGUUUCGAGCUAUUUACAACGCCCAACGACAAUAAUCGAUCUCUCCGUUCCAGAUUAAUUUUGUCAGCGCUGAAAGGCUGUACAAACGAAUCUCAGACUCUAAUCAGCUCUACUACAGCUGCGAUAUUUGGCCCAUUACAAGAGAGACAGCAUGUACAACAUAUCAGACAAACACUUGCUGAUAUAAUAAGAAUAAUCCACAAUGUAAA